GCGGGACGUCCGGCUUGCGAGUGGGCAUCUCCGUGUCGCGCGCGACUAACGAGCGAUUUAAAAAUGGGUGAUGUUGAGAAGGGCAAGAAGAUUUUUGUUCAGAAGUGUGCCCAGUGCCAUACUGUGGAAAAGGGAGGCAAGCACAAGACUGGGCCAAAUCUCCAUGGUCUCUUUGGGCAAAAGACAGGUCAGGCCCCUGGAUUUUCUUACACGGAUGCCAACAAGAACAAAGGUAUCACCUGGGGAGAGGCUACCCUGAUGGAGUAUUUGGAGAAUCCCAAGAAGUACAUCCCUGGAACAAAAAUGAUCUUCGCUGGCAUUAAGAAGAGUGCAGAGAGGGCAGACUUGAUAGCUUAUCUCAAAAAAGCUACUAAUGAGUAUAGUUGGCCACUGCCUUAUUUAUUACACAUGUCCCAUAAUUUUUUUAAUGUGUACCAUUUUUUAAAUUGA